AUGUCCAAAGAAAAGAAAGAGAAGAAAGAGAAGAAAGAAAAGAAAGAGAAGAAAGACUCUGAAUCUCCCACGGGAUCUCCCUCGAAAGAAAAGAAAGAAAAGAAAGAGAAGAAAAGGAAAGAGCCGGAACCUGCGACCAUCGAGAAUACUAAGGAGGAGGACACGAAGAAGGACGAGGAAGAUGACGAUGGCGAUUUCAAAGUGCACAAAAAGUCGGACAAGCAAAUAGUCGGCGGGAAAGUCUUGGACACGUUCGAAGACGAAACGCUAUCCUGCCGAGACUGCGCGGAAGACUUUGUGUUUACCUCUGGCGAGCAAGAGUUUUACGCUUCGAAAGGGUGGGAAAACAAGCCAACGAGAUGCGAGGCGUGCAAAACGGCGAAGAAAGCGAGGUUUGGAGAAGAUAAGCCGAAGUGUUACGCGUACGAAAGAGGCGAGUGCACCAGAGGAGAGAAUUGCAGGUUUUCGCACGGGUCUGAACCGACGUACGGGGGCGGCGGCGGCGGCGCUCCGGUGUGCUACGCGCAUCAAAGAGGCGAGUGCACCAGAGGCGAUUCGUGCAAGUUCUCGCACGAAGAAGGCGGAGGUGGCGGUUCCCGACCGCCGUCGAGAGGUGGCGGUGGCGGUGGCGGCGGUGGUGGCGUCUGCUUUGCGUUUUUGAAGGGUGAGUGCACGAGAGGCGAUUCGUGUCGAUUUGCUCACGAUAAAAACGCCGCCCCGCCGAAAGCUUCCGGCACGUGUUACGCGUUCCAAGAAGGGAGGUGCGAUCGAGGCGACGCGUGUCGAUUUCAGCACAAUUAA